UUUGCAUUGAUUUAUGAUCAGUCCUUCCUCAAACGCCAAUUAAAAACUAGUUAAUUUGUUACCUGCCAAAAAUGCGGUCCUGGUUUUUUGUAACUUUUGCCUUCACGAUAACAUUGCUCUCUUCAAUUCAACCAGGGUCAUGUCAAAAUGAGCAAUAUCUCUCGAUCUGGAACGUAACAGGGUGUACCGGGGACGCUUACGCGACUACGGCAGAGUCUACCAAUAAUCUCCCAAUUCCUCCCGGGUUGAACAUCUUUUUCUACCGGGUUAAUGGACUCUGGAAACUGCAGCACUGUCACGAUGCGGAAACCUGCCCUGACGCAUCAAUUAUUGCGUACGGGACAAUGGAAAGUGGCUGCGUGCCCAGAUUGGUCGGAGAGGGUAACACCGAACUGCACGUGGUCCGCUACGGCGAUGUGAACCAGGUCGAGGAAAGGAUCACAUUCUUCGAGGAGGAGCGUUUAGAAGGGGAAAGUUUUUCUAUAACUCCGGACACACCCUUAAAUGCAACUACCCGUCGGGUCGGAUCUUACUUUUUUACCGGACCCAGCUCCUGGCAGCACAAAAGUUCCCAAUCUGCCGAAUCAGGGGCGUGUCUUACCGCAUCGCCCGAGGUAAACCAGGCCGGGUAUGGAUUCACGUUUGCCUUAUCGGGAGAUUAUCAAGUGGGUUGGGUUCAGCAUGAGUGUAAUGUAACGGAAGAACCAAGUACGACGACUAUGGCGCCAACUACGACUACAACACCAACCACACCGACGACCACUAUACCAACUACUACCGCAUCAGACAUCCCGACCGUACCAACUACAGCACUUCCGACGACUGUUACGCCUCCUACUACCGAGGCGUCAACAGAAUCGACGACGGAAUCCAGCGGUUACACCCACGCGUUGGGGAUUGUUCCAUUUUUCGUGGCUAUUCUAGGUACUAUUCGCUUCCAGUUUUGAAUUCGCUUCCAGCUGAAUCACAUUAACAUCUAUAGCUAAAUACAAUAUGUACAAUAAAGAAGCUAUUAUUCAUUAAAUGAACUAUUUGGCUGUGCAAUUCUUGAAAACAAAUAUAAUAGUGAUUAUAUCAGUGUAAAAUUUAGAAUUAUCUGUAAAAAUAUAUGUACGUAUGUGUAAUGUUUUUUUUAAAAUAAAAGCAACUAAACGUCUAGAUUA